AUGCACCUGACGGUGGACGACCUGUGGAGGGAAACGCAACCGCAGGCUUUGGAACCCAUGGUUUCCGUCAUCAACCGGAUCACCGCCCCGCCGCCUCUCCGCACUCUCCUCAUAGCAGUUACCACGCACCUGGGUUGGACGCUGGAACUCAAAGGGUGGACAAGCAUACUUUCGCACGAAUCGUGUUCUCAUCAGACCCCUGCAAAGAUACACUUGACAGCAAUGCGCACGGGGUUCAAUUUUGAGACAGUGCUGCAGAGGAUCGGAAAGUGCUUACCACUCUCCCAUGUGAAGUAUCUCCAAAUUGAAAAUGUCCCCGACUUUGAUGUGUGGAAGAAGUCCUUUGCGCACAUGAGGACAGUCACAAAGCUUCGCGUUCAUAGGGCAGCGGCCGACUAUCUCCCUAUGGCACUCCUAUCCAAAGAUGACAAAAAGAAGAAUCCUCGAAAGACUGCCGACUUGCGCGUUGACCCUGACCCUGACGCUUCCCUAUUCCCUCAUCUGAAAUAUCUUCAAUUGGAUGAAGUGCGAUUUUGCGCGGUUUACGGUGAAUCCAGGGAUGGGGAUCUCAUAGAUGACAUCGAAGAAGCACUGGGAUCUCGGAAGCUUAGGCGUCGCAAGUUCCCGCACCUUGAUAUUCGAAGAGCAAUCAACUUCGGCCAGGACGAACUGGACCGGUUACAAAAGGUUGUCCAAACGCUCACCUGGGACGGAAAGGUGGAUAUAAAUAACAUCGAAGACGAAGACGAAUAUUCCGACGCCUAUCUGUAUUACUGA